AUGUAUAGUUAUAAAGCGAAUAAACGAUUGUUACGUGAUGGCAUUGAAAAAUGGUUUGAAGAUGGAGAAACAGGUGAACGUUUAUAUAAAAUAUCCACUAAGAGCAAGUUUCGUAUUUCUGAGAAUCUUAUUGUUCAAUUUCGUCUCUCAGAUACACAUGGCAGAGAACUGAUGCGUGCCAAGAAAAGCGAUUAUGCAUUUAAUAUAUUUUGCAAUUCUACUGGAGACCAACUGGCACGCAUAAACUAUGCUAAACCGGGUUAUAUCACUAUCAAUACGCUCUCCAAUGGAUCUUAUUAUGUUAGCGAUAUAAAAAGUGGUCUAUUUUUGUCCAGAUCAGACAAAUUUACAAUCUUUCAUCAAAAUGGUCGUCCGGUGAUCAUAAAGAGAGGUUCUCACGUUUUUGUUGAUAUGAACGAAAAUCAAUUAUUAGCUUUGAUGAUUUAUACAAUCGCUGAUUUCUGGCUGUUUGUAACUGAAUGGACGAUUGGAAUAACGACACUUCGGUCAAAGGGAUUCGAUACCCCAGUAGCAAAUGAUGGUCCUAGUAUUGAUACAGGAUAUUCUGCAAUGGGCAAUUUUUGUGAUAUGAGCUGCUGUGGAAAUAACAAUAACGGAGGAUGUGGAACUUGUUGUGAUGGCGGAGGCUUUGGAGGAGGAUGUUGUUGA